AUGGAUUAUGAAGGUGCUACAUUGGAUUUAUGGUUAAAACAAGAAACACAAACAUCAGCAACUAAAAGUUUACAAGAAAAAUUAAACAAGAUGACUAAUAUAUUAGACGAAGGGACUACAAGACUUGCUACAGCUAUGCAGAAUAAAAGAUUUGGUGAUAUCGAAAUACCUGAAGUACUAAUGACAACUGCUUUUAAAACUAAAUUGAUUGAUAAUAAUGAAAAUUUGAAUCGAUUAAGAAAAUAUACUUUGUAA